GUCAGUCCAUCACCCACCAGACCAUCCCAAGUUUGAUUUCUCGGCAUGGCAGAAGAAGAAACAAUUACUUAUGAGGAAGAGGAGGAGGAGGAGGAAGAAUAUGUGGAGGAGGAGACCGAAGAAACUAUCACAGAGACAAAGCCGGAGCCCCCGCCGCCACCCAAGCCUGCUCCCCCACCCCCUCCCCCCGCUACCGUCCCUCCCCUCCGCCGAAAGUCCUCUGCCAAUUAUCGAGCCUAUGCCAUUGAGCCACAUGAUAAGAGAAAAUCCAAGAUAACAGCAUCCCGGAAAUUGCAGCUCAAGUCGCUGAUGCUGCAGGUGGCAAAGCAUGACAUGGAAAAGGAGGAUGAAGAGCGGGCCCAGGAGAAGGAGCGCUACCUCUCCGAGCACUGCGUCCCCUUGGAUCUGGCAGGACUCGGCCCCACGGAGCUGCAGGAGAUGUGCCGGCAGCUCCACACGCAGGUGGACAAGGUGGAUGAAGAGCGCUAUGACAUGGAGGCCCGGGUCAACAAGAACAUCAACGAGAUCCAGGAUUUGAACCAGAAGAUCUUUGACCUGCGGGGCAAAUUUAAGCGCCCUGCCCUUCGCCGGGUCCGCCUCUCGGCCGAUGCCAUGAUGCAGGCCCUUCUCGGCUCCAAACACAAAGUGUCCAUGGAUCUGCGGGCUAAUCUCAAACAGGUCAAGAAAGAUGACACUGAGAAGGAGAAUCGGGAAGUGGGUGACUGGCGCAAGAACAUUGAUGCUUUGAGUGGCAUGGAAGGGCGCAAGAAGAAAUUUGAGACCUCCACCAUGGGGCAAGCCUGAGAUGGGCUCCCUGUCUUCUGCCCAGCUGGUGGACACCACAGAAACCUGCCUGCAAGAAGAAUCCUUUCCUCAUAUGCAUUAUUUUCCUCUGCAGUUUGAAUAGGAAAAUGUAGGAAUAGGAAUAUGUAGGAAAAUUUGCCACACGGGCUUGUUCUCCACCCUCCUUCCUCUGUAGGUUGCUUAUGGGAGAAUUUAGACUCCAAAACAUCCCAGAGAAACGCAUACCUGAAACAGGUAAUAGAGAGUGGAGGAGCUACAAGGAGUUCACUGAAUAUAUACAUGCACUUUUGGCAUCUAUGAACACUGGAUUUCCAAGUAUUUUUUAGAAAAACACCUAAUUUGAGGCAAAGAAGAGAAAUCCAUAAAACUGGAGCAAGGAACUUCAAGGCAGGGGCAAAAUCCCUUCCUCUAGGCAUCCAACAGCAGCUGUCGGGUGUUCCCUAAAUGACUCAUCUCCCCUGCCUGGUUCUACCCCCUUUCCCCCAGUCAGAAAUUUUAGCAGCUUCCCAGAUUUUGUGUCAUUUUUCCCAGUAUGACAUGCGUCUCUUAAGCCUUAAUGUCUGCCAGUAAAAACUGAAGAAACCCUAA